UAUAUCAACCAACUAGACUGCCACUCGAAUCAGGUUUCUGAGAGAGAGAAACGGAGAGAGAGAGAAGAGGAGAGAGACAGAGAGAGAGACAGAGAGAGAGAGAGGCGUUCAUUUCGCAGGGAGAGAGAGAGAGAUACGGAGAGGAAAAACAUCGUUGGAGCAUUGAAAGAAGCGAAAGACUUACAACUGGUCAAAUUGACAGAUUCUUCAUCCCUCCAAAUUAAAUAAAAACAAAGUGAGUACUUUGUUCUAAAAACAAAGUUGAAGACGCAGUCAUGGCCGGAAUAAGGUUGGGACGCAUAAUGCCGCUGUGCACCUUGCUCCUCUGGAUAAUUCAAGUUUGCUCUGGCACUAUAACUGUGAAGGUGACUCCGAAGGUGGAGGUGGACGGCGGAACAACAGCCAAACUGCCCUGUGCAUAUUCUGGCACGACCUUGCCAGAUGUUGUUGUUGGUUGGCACUUUGAGUCUGAUAAUCAAAGAGUAAGAGUGGCCUAUCGUAAAAAUUCUGGCGAGCGACUGAGCGACACCGGUACUCCUCUGGACGGUCGAGCCACUCUCGAAGAAGAUCUCACCUUGACCAUCAAGUCUGUGAAACCCUCUGAUCCAAACAAAUACUACUGCCAGGUCACUGCUGGAAAGGACGGGUCUGGAGAAGGCGAAACUAUUCUUGAAGUGUUUGUUGCUCCCGAGACACCAGAAAUCAAAAAACCAUCUGAGGCCAUCUCAGUGGGGAGACUGGACAGCUCAGAGGUCGGCACUUGCAUAGCAACCAAUGGAUUCCCCUCUCCAAGGAUCAUUUGGUUCAAAGACAACCAGCCUCUUCCUGAGGUCAAAGACAAAAAAGAAAAGACCCACAUGGUUCUUUCUACGGUGAAGGAGACUUCGGGUCUUUACACCAUAAAGAACACACUGUACAUGGAGCCCACGAAAGCUGACAAGGACUCUACGCUUCAUUGUACUGUGGAGUACAGCCUGGCGGGAGAGAAGAACAAAAACAUCCAGAAGAAGUCUGAACCCAUGAAAAUUGAACUUUACUAUCCUUUUGAAAAAAUUAUGUUUAAGCUUUUCAACCCUGCUGUGGUCAAAGAGGGUGAUAAUGUCACCCUAAAAUGUGAAACUGAUGGAAACCCGCAGCCUUCUUCGUUUGACUUUUCAAAAAAUGGAAAUGUACUUCCUGGUGUGGGCGGUUCUCUGAUACUGAAGAAUGUCAAGCGUACGGAUUCUGGAACAUACCUGUGCUCUGUAUUGGACAUCGACACGUAUAUUGAGAAGACAAACAGCACGGUCCUUAAUGUCAACUACAUUGACGAGAUGAGCGUCACUCCCACUGGAAAUCAGAUUAUCGAUCUGGGAAAGCAGGUUCAGUGGCAGUGUAAGACCAAGGCGUCUAAAAAUCACACUGUGUUGUGGAAAAAGGGCUCCACUGUGCUUUCUCAAAAUGGCAUUCUAUCAAUUGCAAGUGUUGCCUAUGAGCACGCUGGAGAGUACAUGUGUGUUGGUGCUGUUCCAGAAGUCCCGGGACUGACAGCUCGGACCAGUGUAAAGCUGAACGUGAGAGGAAAACCAGAGAUUGAGACCCCUGUUGUAGGGGAGGUGGCAAAAGAAGGCGAUGAAGUGACUCUGAAGUGUUCGGCCAACGGUUUUCCCAAACCUCAGUUUAUAUGGUCAGCCUCAGGAAAGGAGUCCAUCACAGUGGAAGAGAACAAAGUGGUAAGCUCUCUGACCCUAAAAACCACACCUGAGAUCAUGAAGAGCGGUGUGAAGUGCGAGGUCUCCAACGAGUUUGGAAAAGAUAGCAAGGACUUCUCUGUAGCUAUCAAACGAGCAAACACAGCUGAAGUGCUGCUCUCUGGAAACCCUGUGCUUACGUCAGCUGAGAAGCAGCAGGAAGGCUCCAGCGCUGUGGUGAUUGCCGUGGUGGUCUGCGUUCUUCUUCUUCUGCUGCUGGUAGCUCUCUUCUACUGCCUGAGCAAGAAGACCACGAUUUGCGGCAAGAAAGAUAAGAAGGAAGCGGCUACUGCACAGGUGAACAACAUUGUGGUGGAGAUGAAGACGGAAAAGGCCAACGAAGAGGCUGGACUCCUCAACAAAAAGAUCAACACGAACAGGUUAGAACAGGCUGAAACUCCAGUUCUCUAG